AUGACAAACCACCACCACCACCUUCCAUCUAUGCUGAUGGUGUUUCUGCUUCUCACAUCCUCCAUGUCAUCGUCUGCUAGACCUUUGAAUGAUAACUAUUUCAGCCUUGUAGCAACUGAUCCCAUCUUGCUUCCUAGCAACAGGAUGGUGCUGCCAGAGACACCCCGAGGUCUGUCAGCCUGUGGCCACAGCAGGGUCGCCGGAAAACUGCUAUUUCCAGGAGCGAGGCUUGACAGAGGAAAGUACGCGCCAUUGGUCCUGAACAUGCUCCCCAAGGGACCAGUGCCACCUUCUGGACCAAGUAAAGGAAUCAACAACCUCAACAAUUAG